AGUCAGUUCUCAUCGGGUGCAGGUUGUGUUGUGGUCGGGUUUCCUGUCGGUUCUUUUCGGCUGUAGAAGCUUUGUCGCUGUUGAAUUAACUCGACGGGUUCGGUUCCGGUUCGGCUCCAGGAUGGGGUUCCAUCGCACCGACGGAGGCCGGGACGGGCUGCAGGACGGGGCGGAGGAGCCGCCGCACAGCAGACCGCGUCCCUGGAAUGUCAUGAUCAAACACCGACAGAUCCACCGCCGAGGACGCCGCUCGCACAUGGCCGUCAGCUACACGGACCCGCAGGUGUCCAUGGACCUGCUGAGAGCCGUCCUGCAGCCCAGCUUCAACCAGGACAUCCUGGACGUCUUCAGGAAAUACCACAAGUUCUUUGAGAAAGCUGCAGAGAACGUGAAGGAGAACGUUGGGGACGAGGUCGUCCCUGAUCAGCUGAUCAGAGACGCUUGCAGGAAUGUUCUGGAACACGCCAAACAGCUGUUUCCAGAGGACGACGUGAAGAAGGCGGGGCCUGAGGCUGCUGUCAAGAGGUGUCGUCCAGCUGAUGAAGACUGCGGCCAAAGAGGAACCCCGCUGGUGAAGAAGAGGAAGACCCGUCCAGGUGGAGUCGUGUCGUCUGAUCGACCAAUCAGCUUCUCCUCUGGAGUGAAGCCCAAGGCGGAGCCGGUCAAGAGGGAGGGGCCGAAGUGGGACCCGUCCCGACUGUCCGAGACCAGCACCUUCGUCCUGGGCUCCAGGGCCAACAAGGCGCUGGGGAUGGGCGGGACCAGAGGACGCAUCUACAUCAAGCACGCCGACCUGUUCAAGUACGCUGCAGACUCCAAGGACAAGCAGUGGCUGGCAGAGAGACACCACAUGAGAGCCACGGGGGGCAAGAUGGCCUACCUCCUGAUCGAGGAGGACAUCCAGGACUUGUCCCGCAGUGAUGAGUACAGGGACAGCCCGGACGUCCGGAUGGACGAGCUGAAGCCGUUCUCCGUCCCUCACUGGAUGGUGGAGAAGAUGCAGAGAACCAUGGAGGCUCAGAGAGACUCGGACCCGGCGGCCAGCUGAGCUGCUGCAAGACCUGAACCCUGUCUGGCCCUGUCCGCCUCACCCUGUCACCACACACCUCACCCCGUCACCCCGUCACUCUACACCUCACCCUGUCUGGCUCUGCUUCACUGACGCCACGCCUCACCCUGUCACCACGUCACCGCACACCUCACCCUGUCACCAUGUCACCACGUCACCUCACCCCGUCACCAUGUCACCACACACCUCAC